GCUAUAUAUUUUGGUUCUUUUUUAAUGUGGAUUUUUCCAUGCAGGCUAAUAGCCACGCAGAAAAGGAAUGUGUCAGAGGAGCCUCCGAUCUCGCCUCUGUGAGGAUGAUUUCCUUGAAGGUGCCAGUCAUCGAUGUUCAGAAUGAUAAUUUCAAGGAGCUCUGGCCAUCUAUGCUCUUGGCCAUCAAAACUUCCAGUUUUAUAGCUGUUGACACGGAACUUAGUGGACUUGGAACAAGGAAGAGUUUGUUGAACCAAUGUAUUGAAGAAAGAUACAAAGCUGUUUGUAGUGCUGCCAAAACACGCUCCAUUUUGUCUCUAGGAAUUGCUUGUUUCAAACAGCUCUCUGAUAAGACAGAACACACAUACCUCUCCCAGAUCUACAACUUGACACUGCUCUGUAUGGAGGAUUAUAUCAUCGAACCACAGUCAGUCCAAUUCUUAGUGCAACACGGUUUUGACUUCAACAAGCAGUAUUCUCAGGGCAUUCCUUAUCAUAGGGGUAAUGACAAGGGAAAUGAGAAUCAGAGCCAGACUGUCCGUACAUUUUUCUUGGAACUGAUCCGAGCCAGGAAGCCCAUCAUCCUGCAUAAUGGCCUAAUUGAUCUGGUCUUUCUGUACCAGUGCUUCUAUGCCCAUCUGCCUGACAACUUGGGCACUUUCACUGCAGAUCUUUCAGAAAUGUUCCCAGCCGGCAUCUACGACACCAAGUAUGCUUCUGAGUUUGAAGCACGCUUUGUGGCUUCUUACCUAGAAUAUGCCUACAAGAAAUGCAAGCGUGAGAACUGCAGGUUGAAGGAUGCCAAAAAGCAGCAUCUCAUCAUAGAGUUCUGCAGCUAUCCCGCCAGCAUAGCUUGCUACAUUGAUUACCGCCUCUGUUCUCUGUCUGAUGCCAGCCAAGCUGGAAUUGACACUGCUAACAAAGUAGCCAUCUGCCAGACAUUUUCUGCUUAUGGCUGGUGUCCAGAUGGGCUGAAGUGCUCACAGUCUCACAACAUAGAUCUGAUAAUUAAUGAGGAUGAGAACCACAAAGAGGAGAAGCGGAAGAAAAGGAAGCAAAAAUGGAAGCGGCGGAAAAAUGUUGUGGAAUCCUCAAAAGAACCUGGGUUAGGAAGCCCUGAAAAGGAUGGAGCAGCGGCUUGGAAUAUGCAAGAGGGUCCCCCCUCCAAGCAGCUAUGCCCUAGCAAUGCAAUUGCUCCUACUGUAGAGUCUGCAGGCACAGAUACUGUGUCCAGUAAUGAAGAGUGUUCUAUGGAUGUGGAACGAGAACUGGGCUCUGAUAGUGCAGCUGAUGCCAAGAUGGAUGAGGAACAAUUCAGUGCUACAGACAACGAGGGCUUCCCUUCUUCAUUAUUCAAAGAUGGCCAGCAAGAAAAGGCAGCAGGGACUGAGGGAUCAGGGGCAACUGUGCAGCUGGACAGUACUGCUGCGGUGAUCUUAUCUGCCACAGAGAAUCCAGUAGCACCUAUGCCUGGUUGCUCAGAGGGUGGUAUUCACCGGGCUGGCUUUGAUGCCUUCAUGACAGGCUACAUCAUGGCGUAUGUCCAUAUGCUCAAGAAUGAUAAAUGUGGAGACUCACAUGAAGGGCCUUGGUUACCAGACUGUCACAACAAACUGUACCUCAGUGGGAAGUCUGUGCCCCUUCACAUUGUGAAAAGUUUGUUUUCUAAAUCUUCUAAAGCUCACAGCCAGAAGAUGAAAUUGGCUUGGGCUAGUAAUUAGAGCCAAGACUUCUUCUCACUAAGAGUCCAGAUAAGAACUGCUGGAAACAAAGCAACAUUUUCUAGACACUGUUCUCAGAACAGAGUAGUACUAAAGACUUCAGAUAGGCUACUUGAAAUAGGUAGCAUAAAAGUAGCAGUCUGUAUGUGGAUUUGUUUGUAAACAUUUGCACAAUUAAAUUUCUAUGUACUAUAUUUCCCCUUGUUCAUUAAAAGUAGAUCCCUUAUAUUCAUAGGGCCAGGAAGCUGUCUUCAAGAAGAAUUCACAGCAAACUAGGAGAAGGCCUCAUUUAAAGAAGUUUCAUCUAGUUCAUUCACCCAUAGAAACAAUAUGGGAAUUGGCAGCUUAUUUCUAUAAUGAUUAUGGGUACCACAUCUCUUGUUGAUACCAUAGGGAGACAAAGCAGCUAGCAGUUAUAAGAAAUUCUUUCCAGUUUCAUUGUAUAAUUUCAUUUUUGGGGACUGUGUAUCUGCACAUGCAGUAAUAGUAAACAGCAUGUUAAUUUAAUAUGUACAGUUAAUAUACACAAAUAACCAUGUAGGAAUAAAAGAUAGCAUUGGGAUUAGAACCAAGGCAAGGCAUGUUCUAGUCUUCCUCCACAUAAACUCGUAACAGCUUGGGUAAAAUUCUGUUGUCACAAAGUGGAAAAACUGCCUUUGUGUGUGUGAGAAACAACACGUUCUAGUAACCUGAAGAUUUUGCUUCUGUUCUAAGCAAUUGCUUAGUUAUAGUGAGUUUGUUAUAUAGGGCAAGACAGAACUUUCAAAAACUAGAUACUCCAUAAAGAAAAUGCUGGUGGGCUUUAGAAACUGGAAGUCUUUAUUCCUCAGCAGCAGAAAACCUAAUGGCUGCUGCCUAAUUCUGUGCAAUCUUUUAUUUCUAUCUUCCUUGGUAUGUUUUAACCUCAUCAGACGACCUCCUGAAAACAAAAUGUACAGGAUUUCAAGUGUGUUUUAGGUAAAAUUUUUAGGAUUAGCUUUUAGGCUGAAAGAGCAAUUCACAAAUGCUUUUAAAAAUCAAGCCUUACCUUAGUCAUCUGGGAAUGAAGGCAUGAAGCACAUUUUUCCAGCCCUAACCAAGUUAGCACUCACAUGCUAUUUCUCAUCCUGGUAUCCUUUAUUUACAAAAGGUAUCAAUCUUAAUUGACAUCAUCACUGCUAGUUUUGGGAUAGAAAGGAAACUGCUUGUUUAGUGCAUUAUCCCUCUUCCUCUUUAGGCCAAAUUAACUUAUUUCAGCAGCCAAACACAGUUGCUUUCUCCUGUGCAAUGCUAUUAGUGUGGCCUUCCAAUCAAUCUAGUUGUUAGCCAGUGCUUCAUAUGGAUUCUGGCCAAGCCCUGACAUGAGGGCAAAAUAACUGCAUAGCACUAAGCAAGUGCUAUACAAGUCAGUCAUAGGUCCCAGAUCUGUGAUAACAUUUAGGCUUCACCCCACCAUCUUUGGUGAUUGCAUUGGUAAAUUAUAGCUUCCCUUCUGUAUUUUUUGUCUUGUUUCAUGCAUUCUUCAGCUUUUGCUUUUUGCUCCUAAUAUUUAUAACCUGUAUGCUUUAAUCUGCUUGCUAUUACUUGGUUGUAAUACUACUUUGCUAGUUGGAUUUGUGGGUUUCAGCUACAUAGAAUUGCUAUGGGAAAAGGUUCGCGCAUGCUAUUUUUUGCCUGAAUUGAUGCCAUAAGGCCCACUGCCAGCAAUGCUGAAAUGUACAUAUACCAUACUUGAACUAACUUUUCUAUUGCUACUGAUCUCUGAAAAGCUGUUCAUGUAUGCAUAGGAGCCAAAUCCCUAGCUCUUUGAAAAUCAAAGUAAUCUACUGAACAGCAUUUGACAGGGAUACAUAAUUAGAUUCCUAUGGGGAUUACCCACCUCAUGGACUUCAGAUGACCAUGUAAAUUCCCUGGAGUAAAUACAAUAGAGUAGAGGGAAUAAAAGCAACUUUUCCAA